GUUCGAAGGAGGGUGCGAAAGAAAAUAAGAAAAUUGAAACAAUUCUUCGACGGCGAGCCCGUCAUUCAUACAUCAUUGAGAUCGAUUCCGAUCUCACAAAAAUAUCCAAGGUAACUAGUUACCCGAACUCUUCCCCUUCGAAAACGAACAGGUGACGAAAAGAUUUUGUGAGUUAAGGAUUAGAAGAGAUUUUCGAAUGAAACCUUUGGAUCCACGGAACACUGAACGGAGGACACUAAACAGACGACGAAGGAGAGAAAAAGAGAUAACCAAAAUUCAAAUAAACGAAGGCAUGAUGAAUGCCAACACCAAACGACCGSGAGCCGUUCCAUCGAUUGCUGUCGCCUCAAUGUUUGUCAUCGGAAUACUUUUCUCAGUCGUUCAGGUCAAUGGCAUCCGACCCGGUGCUACUUCCAGCGUGUCGCAAGUUACUAGAUCAAGUCCUAGUUGGAGACCACCACUUGCGUCACCUGGUUUGUGCGGAAAACCGUCCGAGCUGUCGUCGUCGUCGUCAUCGCGACGCUUCCGGACGCAGCUGUUCGAUGCAUCCUCGGAUUCGCGAGAAGAAGAGAUCCGAAAGAAGAUCGAAAAACUCAAGGAGGAAGGGAGGAUUGCCAACAAUAAAUCCCAGCAGGCUUCCCCCGAUGGUUUGCGGGAGAAAAAGGCUAGCGCCUACGAUGAUUACGCUGACAAAGUCCAGAAGAAAAUGGGAAAGCGGAAGGGUCAGAUUCUUGGAUUUAUGGGCGAUGGUACCAAGAAUUGGAACAAACGACCUAGUACGGGACAGGAAACUGAGUCCGAUAUUGAUGACUUUAUUGCCGAAGAAGACAAACUGGACGCCGAGCGAGCUACGGAACUAGAAAGGGGGCGAGACGAGAAACCAGAAGAAGACGAAAGAGGACGCCAGGUAAGCAGUACGGAUGGAAGARGACGCAGAGUGGGCACGCUCGGAACGCUUCCCGAAGAUUUGCGGCCAUCAAACGAAGCAGAAACGACAGUAUCGCCAUCUUCCUCGGGAAAUGACGGCAAAGAUAAAAUUAGCAUCAAUCCAGACCUGUUCGAUCUACCGAAUACCGAGCCGGACCCUCCCGAACUGACCGAAGACGAGCUCGUGGAACUUGUUGCCGAAAAGUUGGCAGCAAAGCGGGCUGCGGAAGAUGCAGAAAUCGAAGCUUCUCUCGCAGCGAAACGAGAAGCAGCACGCAAGCGAAGGGAGGAAAAGAAUGCCAAUACAACCGCAACCGACACCGACACCGACACCAGGACGACCACCGGAGUUGGGGGAUCGUGGAAUAAAAACGAAACGAAAGCCGAGGCCGAUUACACCCCAAAGGUUGGAGGCUGGGGGGUCUUUGCUCGACCCAAGUCUAUCAGCGAGGCCUACGGAGGAGGUAGACGGAUCGGUGCCGGCUACGACAAUGUGGACAACGAGAACGAGAAGUUGAAAACGCAGCAGAGGCUCAAGGAGUAUCGCGCCAAGGUAGGCAUCGAAGUUCCGUCCGAAAAAGAGCACGCGGCCGAGAUUGAGACGGCACUGGCGAUUGGACAGCGCGCUAUGCAAAGAGGAAUCUACGCGACGGCGGUUUCGGCUCUGGAAAAGGUCACGAUAUGGUGUUCUACGAAUUCCAAGGUUGGUUCCAAGGUCUACCUGGAACUGGCCAUGGCUUACGAGGCUGUAGGCAGGACGAAAGAAGCCAGCCAGAUCUACAAGACUCUGUCGGAGUGCAGAAUGGAAGACGUGAAGUACAACGCAAAGCGACUGCUCUAUGGACUCGAGGCUAUGGAAGUAAUGAAGGAUGUAAGCUCGGAUUUUACCAGAAAGAAAACGCGGAACGCAUUUAUCGACGCGACCGGACUGGACAACUUUGCAUCGAAUUUCGACGACGUCUACCAGACUGCCUACGUCGAUAUGGACAAUGGCUUUUACAAAAAGCUGACCGAAUCGGUCGUUCGAUCGAUACGAGAAGCRAGGCAGAUUCUGAUCCAAGCGCAGGGGAAGGGCGAGGUGAGCCGGACGAGAAUCGUCCAAGCGCUUCGGUGCAUCAACCGGAACUACGAAGAACUGCUGMAGAACGAGAUCAAUAUGUCGACCACGCAGGAACCCACCGCGUUUUUGAACGGAAAGCCAAUCGAAACGGACAAGGCAUCCGACUCGGGGAAAUCCAUGGCGGCCCUCGGUGACUUUCAGCUGUUGGGCGCCGACGAAAUGAUUCAGAACAUGGACGGCGAAUGGAAGCUCCAGCUCCUGGCCGACAAGACGGGAGACGGGGUCUCGUUUUUCAACACRACCACCGCCAUYCAGAGGUUCAGCGUCGACGACAUGACCUUUUCGGCCGAGGGCCCKUCCGGRUUGACGACCGAGCGGUGCUCGGGAAACAUCGAGAUGGACGCCGCUCGGCGGCUCCUGUCCCGAUCCGGCGUGGAAUCCUCGAACGACGGGGUCGGUGGGUUGCUCAGYAUGAUCGGCGGUGGCAAGAAUUCCGGGUUUUCGGCCGCCGUUUCGCGGCAGCAGCAGAUCGUCUGCGUCGACUCGCUCUUYUUGAUMACGAGGCGGUCCCGCAAAUCGCGGGGUUCCGGUGACCUCGACAAGGAGUAUUUCGGGGUGUGGCGGCGGGUCCUCCCGGACGAGACGGACGCGCCGUGAGGCGGAAUCCAUUCGAUUUCAUUCGAUCGGACGGGGACCGUCCGUGGACGAUCACGGAUGCUACUAAGUUCUUGCACACAAGAAUCCUUGUUCCKGAAACCAAUUCUUCUUUGGACCCUUUUGGAUGCAGCAAUCCUUGUUUUCGAAUCUCGCCCAAUGCCGGGGACGACCAACCACCGCACGCACGCACACACACACAGUUCGGGUUUUCUGCUGCAAGAAUCACGACGACCAAUUGCCACAGACACACGAUUACGUACACACAUACUCACACACAUACUCACUCACUCACUCACGCACGCACGCACGGCACACACCCAAACGAAACGCACCAUGCACAAACAAAAACUACCCCGCGCAUCUCGAAAUCCAUCCGCGGCACGGUGCACAAUCCCCCUCCCCCCCCCAACACGGCAGGGUACCGAUGCCGUGGCGCGCGGUUGUCUUGUCCACCACGAGGCACCCAGCGCAAGUCAUUCCAACGAAUUGAUUCUCCGGUCUGUUUCGUUACGCUUUGUUUGCAUCAAACGAUGUGUAUCCCGCGGAAGGGACAGAUUUUAAAAAGGAAUAAUAGAAUUACUUUGUA